UCCCAGGUCUGUAGGCUGGUCCCAUGUAUCACUGGAGGGUUGUCUGUGAUCCGUUGGGUGGGGGGAGCUCUCUCCCUAAGACCUGGACCUGUGAUCUAGGCGACAUCUCUGCUGUUGUAACAUCCAGUUCUCGGGGCUUGCUGCUUCCCUCCAAACAAAAGCAUCAGGACUCUCAAGGAUUAAAAGAAAGGGUUACAUGACAGCUCUUGAGACAAAUGUUCCGCUCGUUUUGAGAACAUCAGGAGGGAAAUAGUCCCAAGGUUUUUCUAUUCCAAUGAUUUCUCUAGCCUCUGACACUGCCCCGUUGCUGAUUCAUUGAUUUGGACAGUUUAAAUACUGGGAGGGGACACGGCACUCUGCUCACACAGAAGCACUGGGCUUUCUGCUGCUCAACAUCUCCCUGGCUCUGCGAGGUCUGAGCAGCAAGACACAGGGCUGGCCCCAUGGAGCUGACAGGCUGGGUCCCGCUGCUCGUGGGGAUUCAAAUCCUUCGCUUGGCGCUUGGUCAGUGUCCUGAAGAAUGUCAGUGCUCCAAAUCCGCCCAAGUGGAGUGCUCAGGACCAGGGAUCAUGCAACUUCCCAGCCCCAUCCCUGCGAAUGCCAUGAGCCUGCAGAUAAUCAACACCCGCAUCGCUGAGCUGGGUGACGCUCCCUUUGGCAACGUCUCCAUGCUGAUUGCGCUGAGAAUUGAGAAGAACAACCUGUCUCAGAUCAGCCCCAGAGCCUUUCAGGGCCUGGCUGCCCUGCGCUACCUCAGCCUGUCCAGCAAUAAGCUGCAAGAGCUGCCCGUGGAGCUCUUCCAAACCUUGGGGAAACUAGAAUCGCUGCUGCUGUCGGGCAACCAGAUCCUGCACAUUCACCCCUCCCACUUUGCCCAGCUCAGCAACCUCAAAGAGCUGCAGCUGCAUGGAAACAACCUGCAUUCCCUCCCGGAGGGGGUGUUCGACCGGCUGCCCAGCCUGACCAAGCUCAACCUGGCCAAGAACAGCAUCACUGCCCUUCCGGCCAAGGCCUUGUGGAGGCUGAUGAGGCUGCAGGUGCUCAGGCUAUAUGAGAACCAGCUCCGUGAGAUCCCUGUGGGCGCCUUCGACAGGCUCCGGGAGCUGCAGGAGUUGGGGCUGCACCAGAACCAGAUCAGGCGCCUCUCGGCCGGGCUCUUCACACACAACGGCCAGUUGCAGAAGCUCUUCCUGUCCAACAACGUCAUAGCAGCUCUGCCCCAGGGGGUCUUCCUGCAUCUGCCCGAGCUCUCCAAGCUGACGCUCCAUGGGAACGCGGUGCGAGACAUCGCCCCUGGGGCGUUUGGGCCCAUGCCCAAGCUGAGGGAGCUGUGGCUCUACGAUAACCAGCUCACCACCCUGCCAGACUUUGUCUUCAGCAACCUCACCCAACUGCAGCUGCUGAUUCUGAGCAGGAACCAGAUCCACACCAUCUCCACCUUCGCCUUCCAGGGCCUGAGCGAGCUCCUGGAGCUGUCCCUGCACACCAAUGCUCUGCGCACCGUGGACGGAGCGCUCUUGCAGGGCCUGCCCAAGCUGCAAAACAUCUCCCUGCAGAACAACAGGCUGUGCAUCCUACCGGGGGACCUGUUCCAGAACACCACUGGGCUGCUGAGCCUCCAGCUGCAGAACAACUCCCUGGAGAACCUCCCCGCCGGCCUCCUGGAUCCUCUGGCCCAGCUGCACCACGUGAAGCUGCACGACAACCCCUGGCGUUGUGACGCCAGCAUCCUGGCGCUGAAGAACUGGCUCCGAGUCAAUCAAUUAAAGAUGGGGGACAGCCUGCCCGUGUGUGCCCUGCCGCUCCUCGUUAGGGGUGCCCCAGUCGUAUCGUUUGAUGAGGGGCACUCCUCCCCAGUGAUUCCUUCUGGGGCCCCGACAUACAGGCCAAACCCCACCUCCUUCGGUCACCCAGAAACAUCACCCUAUGCCCAUCCGUCCAACCAGGCUCCAGAGAAAGUGCCACUAACUCCCUUCAGCCCCUCGCUGGCCAACCAGCCAGACGCAGGGACGGAGAGUGGGUCCCUAACCAGGCCAUCAGCUAUCCCUGGCGUUGCCCAGGAGAAGGGGCUGUGGGGCCUGACUCGCACUCAGAGCGGGGUGGUGGUGGCUGUCAUCACGCUGGGCUGCCUGGCGGUGCUCUGCACGCUGGUGGGGCUGGUAGCGUACAGCUGCAGGAAGAGGAGCCAAGUGGUCCUGAUGCGGAGGAAGGGGCAGAACAAAGCGUAGGCUGGGUACCGUGAAGCUCUCUGCGGAUUGUGUUGGCUCUGCAGAGCCCCCCGUGCCCCGCCCGCUCAGGACACGGCAAGCGGGUCUGGGGCUGGGAGUGGGGGAGGAUUUCAGUCCACACGCUACCGGCAGGCCUUGCAUCGAAUAUAGAGACUGAGGCUAAAUCGCCUUCCUCACAAAUUGACCCAAACCUCCUCACCCCGCCCUGUAGGCAGAGCCUGAGGCCUGUUGCCCCCACCGCCCUUGUGGGGCGGUGUCCCUUGUUGUCCCUUGCCCUUGUGGGUGCCCCCAUGGGCCCAGCCUAGGCACACAGGAAGUAGCCCCCCCCACGGGCUCUCCAUGGCCUGCUGCCCCAUGAGUGGCACAGCUCCCCCAUGCGCUGUGUGGUGGGGUCAGCCUGGGGCCUUGGAUGUAGGCGAGAGGCACCAAACGCUGGCUUCCUCCCGCAGCUCUGAGGGAGAGCCAUGGGCAUGCGAAGAGUUUGCUCAGUCAGUCCCUGGCCCUUCGUCCCUCUCACUGUCCCAGCUCCGUUGCCUGCGAGGGUCCGGGGGUCCGCUGGGGAAGGGCCGGGGGCCUGACGCUCGGCCGGGCCUCUGAGCUGCCCCCACCCCAGUGCCAUGUGUGCAGGGAUCUGCUGGCCACGGCCCUGCUGUUGGGACAGGUGGGCACGGGGGGCCCAGAGCUUUGCGGAGCGGGUGCGCGCGCGAGCUGGGCCCUGGCAGGUAGCGGGGUGCUCAGUCACGGCAGAAGGGGGAGUGCUGAGUGGGUGGCCCCGGAAGGCAGGAGGAGAAGCCCAUCUGGCACUGCCCUUCGGGGCCCAGCUCUGUGCCACACCCGGGGCCAGGGCUGCUCCUGGUGAGGCCUGUCCCUAGGGCAAAGCAGGUCUGAGCGGCGUGAAGCCCUGAGCUGUGUGGGACUCCCCGGGUUCUGGACCUGGUUCCCCAACCCAGGCUGGGGGUGGUGGCUGAGGGGCAUGGACCCUCCAGCAGAACCACUUUCCCUUUAAAAUUUGCUAAGUUGAAAUGGCCGCACCCUACCUCUGCUGGGGCUCGUGCCCAGCCAUGACACAGGUGUGUCGUGGCAGUGUGUGUCUGUGGGGGUGCCCCGUCCCCCCAAGCUCCUGCUCCUGCUCUCGUCAGCCCUGGGGCAGAGCUGGCCAUAGAAUCUGGCUCCAUACCCAUGAGCAGCUCGCAGAACCAAUCAGCCCAAUUCAGGCAAA